CUCUCUGUCUGCAGCAGGUGAAUGUGUACGAGUUUUGCUUGUGAACUGACCUGACAUCCCUACCUUUCCAGUGGAUGAAAGGAAGGAUGGAUCUUUUAAUUAACUGUGCUUUGUGAUAUCAAUGGGGUAAUAUUUUGGAUUCAUUUACUGUUUCUUUAAGAUGUCAUCUGCAAAUCAGUCUCAGUCCAACUACACUGUUGUCUCCAACAGCACUGUUGGAAUACUGUAUUUGGGGUACAUGGAAUUAGUGUUGUUUUCCACUAUGAUUUCAAUACCAUGCUGUGUGUUUCUCUUCAUUAAUGGGACCAUGUUAUUCACCUUAAGGAGUAAAAUAGUGUUUCGUGAGACCUCUCGUUACAUUCUACUGUUUAACCUCCUUUUUGCGGACACUGUACAGAUGUCACUAGGUCAGUUUCUUUUUAUACUGAAUGCUUUUAGAAUAAGGGUGACAUAUCCUGUAUGUGGUAUUUUUACCAUGAUUGCUUGCUUAACAAAUGUAAUCCCCCCUCUCACGCUGGUGGUGAUGUCUCUGGAGAGAUAUGUGGCUGUGUGCUGCCCACUGAGACACUCUGCAGUCGUUACCAUCACAAACACAGCAGUGGCGAUCAUCGUGGUUUGGGGCUUUAGUUCAUUAAAUGUGCUCACACAAGUUAUUUUAAUGUUAGAUUUCAAAUUUGAAGACCUGGUGAGCCUGAUGAAAGAUAACUGUGCCAGGGAGAGCAUGCGUUUUAGCUCAGUGUCUGAUCUUUAUGAUAAAGUGUUUGUUUAUUUUCUGUUUGUAUCAGCUGGCGUGGUAAUCUUUUGCUCCUAUAUUGGUGUGUCGAUAGCAGCUAGAUCGGCCUCCACAGACAAAGCUUCAGCUCGAAAGGGUCGUAACACGCUGCUGCUGCACAUGGUGCAGCUGGGCCUCAGUCUCUGCUCAACCAUACACAACCCAUUGCAUCUAGCGCUCUUAAAGGUCCUAGACAAGAAAAUAUUUGUGCGCGUCCAAAUUGUCCUUUAUGUGUGUAUUAUCAUCUUUCCAUCUUGUCUGAGUUCUCUCAUCUAUGGAAUUAGAGACCAGACUAUUAGACCCAUCCUGAUAUCUAAUAUUUGCUGUCAGUGGAGAUGCUCACUUUCCCUCUCAGUCGUCCCAGCCAAGGUAAAAAGCAGCAUGCAUGUCACUUCAUAGCUAAGUAUAUUUAACAAAAUGUGUUUAUUUUUUUACUUUUAAACUGUGUAGGUGGGAUUUGCUGCAUGCUAUAUAUGAGUCCCUACAUAAAUACUUAUAUUGGAUGGAAAUCAUUGUAGCAGAGUCUUUUUUGGUCUCUGUUUUAUUGCGUUCUUUUGGGACUUACAGACAAAGAGGUAGAGUUUUGGAGCCACAGGAUGCGCAUGCCUA